AUGACGCGUAGGAAUGGGCGAGUAGAAAACUCCGACCCAGCAGGCAUGGCGUCCGCGUCCAAUGCGCCGGACGCCAAGGACGGCUACAGCGGGGGUGCUGCUCUCCCUGCUGUCUCCUCCACCUCAUUCAACUCUGUUAGCUCCAUGGACAGCAGCCUCGCGGAAGCACAGUCGCACCGCCAACCCCGAGACGCCAUGACAGCGGCGGGGUGGGAGCGGGAGCGGGGGGGCGGCGGGUCGUCGGCGGGGAGGGCGCACGUGGAGCAGGCGAUGCAGCUGCGGGACGCGAUCGAGAAGAAGGUCGCGCGCAAAGAGGCCGCGCUCAAGGAGUGCAUGCGCGAGCUGCGGCGGGUGCGCGAGGAGCAGGCGCGGCGCAUCCAGGAGGCGAUCGCGGAGAAGACGCGCGAGUGGGAGGCGCAGUACGUGGAGCUGGAGGCGCGGCUCAAGGGCAUGGACGAGCAGCUGGCGGAAGCUAGCGCGGAGAUGGAUGCGAUGCAGGUGGUGCUUGAAGACAGACAGAUUCUCAUUAGUGAUCUAGAGCGCGAGAUGCAGCGGUUGAAAGAUGUCGCGGAUGAGGCGGAGGUGGAGAAGCGGAGGCUGGGGGGUAGGGUGAAGGAGUUGGAGGGGAGAGGGGGCGGGGGUGUGGGAGGGGAGGGGGAUGGCGGUGCGGAGGUGCGCGGGUUGAGGGAGGAGGUUGAGAUGUGGAGGAGGAGGUGGGAGGAGAGGGAGGUGGAGGGGAGGCGGAUGGAGGAGAGAGUGAGGAGGUUGGGGGAGGAGGAGCGGACACGGGAGGGGGAGGUGAGAGCGGCGGAGGAGGAGGCGGAGGGGUGGAGGAAGAGGUGGGAGGAGGCGGAGGGUGAGUUGAAGGUGGAGAGGAGGCGCGCGGAGGAGGCGGGCGCGGAGAGGGAUGAGCGGGACGCGACGCUCCGGGUGAUGCGCGGACAGGUGGAGCAGUGGAAGCGGCGGUAUGAGGAGACGGAGGGGGGCGCGGGGGAGCUGCGGGAGAAGCUGCGGCGGAUGGAGGCGGAGAUAGAGGAGCGGAGGGCGCAGGCGGCGGAGGAGGAGCGCACGCAGGCUGAGAGGCGGGAAAGCGUGAGGCGGGAGGGGGAAGUGGAGGAGGAGGCGCGGAGAGGGGAGGCGGAGAAGGAGUUGGCUCGGCUGGGGGAGAGGUGCGCGGAGCUUGAGGAGAUGGUGAGGCGCGCGGAGGGGGAGCGGGAAGAGGCGCGGAAGGAGGUUGUGCGCGCCAAGGGGGAGCGGGACGGGAUGGCGGACGUGCGGGAUAGGAUGGUGGCGGAGUGGGAGAGCAUGCGCGUGGAGCUGCAGCGCGCGCAGGAGGAAGGGGGGAAGCUGCGGGAGGAGGUGGAGAGGGCGGAAGAGGGAAGGCGGAAGGCGGAGGAGCAGAUGGAGGCAGCUGUGCGGGAGAGGGAGAGAGUGAGGGCGGAAGUGAGUGGGGAGAGAGGCGAGGAGGAGGAGCGGUUGAGAGCGGUGAUGGAAGAGAGGGACGAGUUAAGGGAGGAGGUGCAGCAGCUGAAAGAGGAGUGGGAUGCGAUGAGGGUGGAGCGAGAGAGUGUGGGGAAAGAGAGGGAGGAGGUGAGGGAGAGAUUGAGGAGAAUGGAGGCGGAGGAAAGGGAGAGGGUACAGGGGGAGAAGGAAGAGAGGGAGAAGCUUGAGGAGGAGGUUGCGAGGGUGAGAGAGGAGUGGGAGCGAGUGAGGGAGGAGAGAGACGGGCUCCGAGACGAGGUGGAGGGACUGAUGCGAGUGAGGGAGAGGGAUGUCGGGGAGAAGGAGGGAGUGAAGGAGGUGAGGGGAGUUCUGGACAGGGAGAGGCAGGAAUGGGAAGGUGAGCGCGCGCAGUGGAAGAGCAGGGCGGAAGAGUGGGAGCGAGAGAGCGAGAAGUGGGCGGAGGAGAGACGUGCGUUAGAAGAGGAGGUGGAGAGGGUGAGUGGGGAGUUGGGACGUGCGCAGGAGGAGAGGGAGCGGUGGAGGGAGGCGGUGGAGCAGGGGGAGGAGGAGAAGGCGCACUUGACGCGCAUGGUGGCUGCGCUGCAGGAAGGGGAGGGUGAGGUGGCACGGUCUGUGCGCAGGGACGUUCAGAGAGACGCGCAGAGGGAGGUGGAUGCUGCGAGAGAGGAGGUGAGACGGCUGGAGGCGGAGUGUGAGAGAGUGAGGGAGGAGUGUGAGAGAGUGAGGGGGGAAAGGGAGAGGAUGAGGGCGGAGAAGGAGGCGGCGGAGAUAGAGAUGGAGGGGGAGAGAGGGGAGUGGGAGGGGGUGAGGGAGGAGAGGGACGAGGCGCGGAGGGAGAGGGAUGCUCUUGUGGAGGAGAGGGAGGCGUGGCGGAAGGAGGGAGAGGCGGUGAGGGAGGAGCGCGAUGAUGCAGUGCGGGGCAGGGAAAUGCUUCUGGCGCGAGUGGCUCAACUGGAGGAGGACAGUGGCAGGGUCGCGAGGGGUGUGGAGGAGGAGAGGGAGCGAGCGGUGAGGGAGAGAGAUGGAGCGGUGGAGGAGAGGGGGAAGGUGGAGCGGGAGAAGGAGAGGGUGAUGGAAGAGUUGGUGGUGUUGAGGGAGGAGUGUGGGAGACUGAGUGAGGAGAGUGAGCGGAUGCAUGAGGAGAAGGAGCGGUGGCAGAGGGAGAGCGAGCGAGUGAGGGAGGAGUGUGAGCGGCUGAGAGGGGAGAUUGACGGGGUGAAGGAGGAGCUGGAUAGGCUGGGAGAGGAGUGUGAGAGGCUGCGAGAAGAGAGCGAGAGAGUGAGGGAGGAGAGCGAGCGAGCGAGGGAGGAGAAUGAGCGAGUAAGGGAGGAGAACGAGGAGGUGAAGACUGAGAUGGCGAAGGUGAGGGAAGAGAGUGAGAGAGUGAAGGAGGAGAGGGAUAGGCUGAAGGAGGAGUGCGAAGCUGCGAGGAACGAGAGGGAGUGGGCAAGGGAGGAGCGGGAUCAGGUGAAGACGCUCAUGUCAGGGCUGGAGAAGCAGCAGCAGCAGCAGCAGCGGGAGGGCGAGGCGGAGGAGGGUGAGGCGCGAGAGGCAGUGCAGCGCGUGCGGGAGGAGCGGGACGCACUCAAGGGCGAGCUGGAGCGCGUGCGGGAGGAGUGGGAGGUGAUGCGCGAGGAGCGCGAGGGCAUGCAGGAGGAGCGCGACGUGAGCGUGAAGAACGCGGCGCGGCUCAUGGACGAGCUGGAGGCCGUGCAGCGCCGCGUGGCCCACACGCACGAGCAGCUCUCCGCUGUCUCCGCCACCGUUGCCCGCCUGCAGGGCGAGCUGGCGGUUGCAGAGGAGGAGCGGCGCAAGGCGGAGAGACAGGCGGAGGAGGAGCGGGAGGGGAGGGUGGAGGUGGAGAGGGAGUUGCAGCGCGUGUGUGAGGAGAAGGUGAGGAUGGAGGAGGAGGUGGAGGGCGCGGUGAGGAGGGCGCGGGAUGCGGAGGAGCUGGCGGCGCAGCACAAGGUGACUGCGGAGGUGGCUGCUGCGCUUGCGGAAGAGGCGGCUGCGAGAGCGGCGGAGCUGGAAGAGGUGAUUCACGCUGGAGGAGGGGGUGGGGGGGGAGGGGAGAAUAGUGGGCGCGGGGAGGAUGGGCGGGACGGGCGGGAUGGGAGUGAGAGAGGAGGGGAUGGAGGAGAGCGGGGAGGAGGAGGCAGUGGUGGUGGUGGUGGAGAGAGGGCACGGCAGGAGGCGGAGCAGCGGGCAGAGCAGCGGGAGCAGGAGCGGGAGGAGGAGGCGCAGGAGAUGGAGUGGGCGCUGCAGGAGGCGAGGGAACGCAUAGCACAGCUGCAAGGGGACCUGGAGCAGGCGCGCGCUGAGAACGAGGCUGUGGAUGCUGAGCUGGCAGCCGUGGAGGACAUGGUGCUCCAGCUCACCGACAGCCUGGCGGAUAAGGAGCGGUUCCGCGCUGAGCUGGAGGCGGCGAAUGCACGCAUGGCAGAGGUGGAGGGUGACGUGGCGAGCUGGAGGGAGAGAGCAAUGGGGCUGGAGAGGGAACUGGAGGAGGAGAGGAGGAGAGGGAGAGAGAGAGAGGAGGGAGGAGGAGGCGGAUCCGGCACUCAGAGUGGGAGGUCGCAGCGGGAAGUUGAAGCUGAGCUGGCGGCAGCGCAAGCCAGGCUGGCAAGCAUGGGUGGCGAGCUGGACACGUGGCGCGAGACAACAGCCUCUCUGAACGCCAGCCUGGCAGAAGCGCAGCGGCGGAUCGAGGAGCUGGUGGCAGUGGAGGCAGAGGCGGGCGAGCUGAGCCAGCAGCUGGCAGAGGCACGGGAGAGGAUAGGUGAGCUGGACGAGGCAGUGGCUGCGGUGGAGAGAGAGAAGCAGCAGGUGGAGGAGGACAUGAGCCAGACCCGCACCGCGUUCACUGAGGUGGCCACUAAGGUGAUGCACACCAUGCAGCAUAACGAGGAGCUUAAGCUGGAGUUAGCUGCGAUUAAGGCACAGGGGGGAGCGGGAGGGGGAGGGAAGGGGAGGUUGAUUGAGGGUGGGGGUGGGGAGGGGAAUGGAGAUGGGGAAGGGGGUCAGGCGCUGGCGCUGGUUUCGAGGCAGGGUGGCGGGUCGCUGGGGGAGCGGCAGAGCAGCAGUGGCAGCCGCGGCAGUGGCACCGGUGGCAGCAAGGCUGGUGCGAAGACUGCUGCCGGUGGUGGUGCUGGCAGCGGGGGCGGAGAGAGGAGCUCUAACGAGGUGGAAGCACUGGAGAAGCAGGUGGAGGAGCUGAGAGCAGCAGCGAGAGAGAUGGAAGCGGCAGCAGCAGGUGCGAGCAGCUGGGCACGCGAGGUGGAAGCUCGUCUGGUAGAGGAGAGCGCAGCACGGGAGGCAGCAGAGGCGGAGGCGGCGCGUGCCAAGGCGGAAGUGGGGCUGGUGAAAAUGCGGCUGGCAGCGGCAGUGGAGCGAGCGAGCGUGCUGGAGGGGUGUUUGCUGGAGACGGAGCAUCGAGUGUCGGACGUGAGGCGAAACAUCAUCUCGGCACACCACCGCAAGAUGGCCGCGGAUAUGGAGCAAGCUCUCUCCGCUGCUGCCAGUGUUGGGGUUGGCUCCAGUGGUGCUGGUGGUGCCAGGGGCGCUGCCUCGAAUCUGCUGGCGCUGCCUGCUCCUCCGCCUGCCUCCUUUGCCCCGACCGCUGCUGUUGUGGGAGCAGUGGCAGGCGGAGGUGCAGGCGAGUCGCCGUCCGUUGUAUCUGCACCAGCUGUGGCUGUUUCUCCGGGGGGUGGUGGCUCUGUCUUGCCUGCUGCUGGUGCCGCCGCAUCAGUACCGGCAGCACCAGCGGCGUCCCUCUCCUCCUGCUCGUCCGAUGCCAACACUCCCCGUGAUGAGCCACUACCGGCACCCACACCAUCUCUGAACGGGCGGCUGAUGGCGCUGGUGGAGGAGCUGCAGGCAGAGAAGGCGGAGAGGCAGGCUGCUGUCUCCAUGCUGCAACACCAGAUGCACCACGGCAGGUGUGUGCCUGCCCCCCCCGCGCCCAUGCUCCACUGCAGAUGGCCCCACCCGUGCUCCACACUGCAGGUAGUCUACUGCCCAUGCAUCAGCUUCUGCCUUUCAACCACUGCCCCAUCGCACUCCAGCCCUCUGCCCCGCAUGCUCUCUUCACCUUGUGUGCGCCCUUGUCUCCCCGGAAGCAGGCUGGUAGCGCAGCAGCACAUGGAGGGCGGCAACGUGUCAUCGCCGUCCAUCUCCUCCUUCACCGAUGCCACGGCCGACUCGCCCUUUGACCCCACGCACCGCCUCAUGCAGUUGGUGGCUUCGAUUGAACACCAAGUUGGUACCAUAGUGAGUCGAGGUGAUCUCCUACAAACAUUCACCUCGCCUCCACUCUUGCUCUGCCCUACUCUACCCUUGCUCUGGCCCCCUCUUGCUGCUCCUGUCUUGUUGCCCCCCCCUCUUCCUGCCCCUACCCUUGCUGCCGAACCCCUUGCUGACCUUUUGUUCCUGCUCCUACCCUUGUUUCCUCGUCUAUUUCUGCGCCCACCCUUCCUGCCCCCUGUGCCUGUCUCCCCCUUCCCCACAUCUGGUAUUCUCAACCGGCAGUCGGCAGGAGCAUCAACCUUCUAUACAACAUCGCCCCUCCUGCACCACCACAACCCCAACAACCCCAACUCGCCCUUCUUCCUCCACCCCUACACCCACUCCUCCAUCCUCCCCUCCUCAGCCCUCCCCCACGACCCCCACAUGAGGCCCUUCUUUCUCCCAGCGUCCCCUGCUGCUGCCGACGCCUCCUCUCUCCUGCACCCGACAGGAGGGUCCACAUCCCUCUCUGCUUCAGCUGCUGCCGCUGCUGCUGCAGUAUCAGCAGGGAAUGGUGCUGACAUGGCACUUGCAGCGCCAGGUGGCAUGGGGUCGUCAGCGCUGCUUGCCUCGCUGGCAGCUCAGAGGGAGGCCCGGGGUGGGGGUGCAUCUGGAACGUCCCUUUUGAUCCACCACACGGGGCUGUCUCAACAGCAGCAGCUGCAGUCACAGCAGCAGCAGCAGCAGGGGAGGCAGCGAGCAGCAUCACCCACAUCUCGGAUCCUCUUUCCAGAUGCCUCCUCUCCUGCUUCUGCCUCGACUGCAGCUCCUCAAACCACCACCACAGGCCGUGGUGCUGUGCGUGGUUCGGCCAGCACUGGUGGCUCUGGCACCGCACUGCACCGCACCGCAGGCGCCUCUGGCUCGGGCAACAGCAGUGGACGAGGAGGUUCGGACUCCAGGGGACUUAGAGGCGCCACUGCCUCCUCUUCUGCUGCUGCUGCUGCUGCUGCUGGCAUGGGCAGCAGCAGGCGAAGCACAACACCAGGGAGAAGCACAGGCGGUGCGGGUGCGGGUGGUGGUGCAGGUGGUGCAGGGAACGGUGUGGGGCCUGGGCACGCUCGUAGGACCGCGUCCCAGCCCAUGGCAUCCACAUCGCAUCUCCAAUCGCUGCAGCAGCAGAGAGCACGGCGGAAGACAACACCGGAAGUAGCAGCAGGGGGGGGGGGAACAGGCAGCAGCAGUGGCACCGCAGCGAAUCGCAGCCACCUGUCACCGUCCCCGUCACCACGAGCAUCGGCAUCAGCCUUGACAUCGGCAUCAGGCUCGGCACCAGCCUCGGCAUCAGCAGCAGCGGUGCAAGGGCCUGGUGUGCGGCGGGACUUCUUCACAUCAAUGGAUUCGUUAGUGGAGCGUAUGGAGCGAGACGAGGCCUCUGAUACUGACAGCUCCUUCACCCGCACUCUCUCCGUCGCCUCCUCCUCCCUGCUCACCGACCCCCACACUGCUGCUGCUGCUGCCGGUGCUGCGUCUGCGAGGGCGAACGGAGGCGGCAGCAGUGGAGGAGCGAUAAGCCCUGGUGCGACUAGGUUGGGUGGGGUGAUGGAAGGUGUGGGAGGGUCAGGAUCGCUGGUGCCAGCAGCUGGCUGGGCCGGUCCACCUGGCAGCAGGGCAAGGCCGAUAGGGUCCGGAGGUAUAGGCUCUGGGAGGGCGGCAGGGGUUGGUGGGGGUGUGGCAGGGGCAGGCGAGUGGUCGGGUGGGAGGGGUGGGGCGGGAGUGCGUGGGAAUCGAGGUGGGGUUGGGGGUAAUGGUGGUGUUCGAAGCGGUGGUGGUGGGUCUCUGGGUAAGUGA